CGGCGGCCAAUAUGUUUGUUGCACAUGAGAGAGAGGGAGAGGACUUUAGCGAACGCCCCCUGGGUUCCAGACAAAAGAAUACACAACAGUGACGUCUAAGAGGGGGUCUUUUUGGACAUUCUCUCACACAAACACACAGACACACACACACAUUUAAAGUGUUCAUGACGGAGGGAGCUGCCUAUUAAAAGCUUGCUACAGUUGCGAACUGAUGUCUCAGUCUGUGACGAGAAGCAACUCCCCCACAUUUCAACUCUGACCUCAAGGAUUUUGCGAAGAAACAGUGAGUGAGGGAGCGAGGGAAAGACAGAAAGAAGCAAAAGGAGGUGGGUUAAAGGACUUCUCGUUCCAGUCAGGCAGAAGGGGCUCUCUUAGUUGAGAGAGUGUCUUGGUAAGCCUCAGUAAAGCCACUGACGAGUCAGCUCUGAGCAACGCUGUCCAAGAAUCUUUGCUUAUUUGCAACUGCACUCUUCUGAAGGCAAUGUGAAGUGGCUGAAGGGAAAGGACAAAUAAAAAAUCUACUGCCUGCACAGGGAGGUCUGCUGCACACACAGAAGUCAGACCAGUACAAUAAGCAACACGCUGAAGAAGGGAAGAUAAAGGAAAUCAAGCAAGACGCAAGAUCCAAGAGUCAAGCUGCAGCCAGCCAGAGCCAGUGGAAUGGACCUAGGUGCCAGUUGGAUUAAUCCAGGCGUACCCGCGGUGCUGUCUGAGGAGGAGGGCUGAGGAUCUGCUACGACGACAUCCAACUCCUGAAUGAGGAUGAAUGGAGAUGUCCUUUAGCUAAGCCUCAAAGCAAGACAACUGCCAAUUCUCCCUCUGUGUGAGCUGGGACAACACUAGCUAACAGCUGGAGGAGGAGGAGGAGGUGGUGGUGGUGGUGGUGGCGGAGGAGGAGGUGGAGAGGAGCCAGGAGGCCCAGAGCACUGCUGGUGCUGCUGCCCCACAGGAGAGGCGAGGGAGCGGGCAGGACACCGCGGAGGAUCAGGGGUCGGUGGAGGGACACGAGGUAGGGGGAGAGGUGGCGGGCGUCGGGCGCCGCAUGGCCGUGCAGAGGCUGGUGGCGGCAGCGGUGGCAGUAGCCCUGCUGUCCCUGGUCCUUAACAAUGUCGCAGCCUUCACCCCCAGCUGGGUCCUGCAGGCCCUGGAGGACGGACGCAAGCGGAGUGUGGGACUAUGGAGGAUGUGCCCCACUGGUGGGGAAAGGGGCCGCGAUGAUCUCCAAGCUGGGAGAAGGGGGCAGGGGACACAGAGGCAGUGCGAAGGUCUGGGAUGGGGCUCUGAUUAUGCAGGCUACCAAGAGUCCCGCAGCACAGUCAAAUUGCAGUUUGACAUGAUGCGGGCAUGUAACCUGAUGGCGACGGUGGCCCUGACUGUCGGCCAGCUGAUCUUCCUCCUAGGCCUGAUGGAGCUGCCAUUCAUCACACAGGAAUCCCAGUGGUGGGAGGAGGCCAUUGCUGCACUCUUCCAGCUAGCCAGUUUUGUGCUGGUGAUUGGACUUGUGACCUUCUACAGGAUCGGGCCCUACACACACCUGUCCUACUCCUGCUACUUGGACAUAGCUGCUUGCCUGCUGGCCACGAUGGCUGCGGCCAUGCUCAUCUGGAACAUUUUACAUCGCCGAGAUGACUGCCUCGCACCCAGAGUUAUUAUCAUCAGUCGCUCACUGGCAUCACCAUUCCACCCGCGCCUCGACAAUGACUACGUGGAGUCGCCUUGUUGAGUCACAUAACUUCAUAAUGAGGAGUAAUGGAAUACAUGGACAAGACUGCGCUCUCAAAUAUUCAUGUUUUACUCCAGCUAGGAGCCUCCAAUGUGACUCUGAAGGGAAGGGGACAUUCCUGUGGCUCCACAACAACUGGACUAACAUGUACCUGCAAUUGUAAAACUCUGUAUUUCACAACAUAAACAAAGCUAUUGGAAUUAUUUUUGCUGCUUAGUGCACAAGAGUCACAUAUUUAACUAAAAAUAAUAAGAAAAGCAGCCCUAAACUACAUAACAUAUUCAUGACUGUAUGAUGUGAGCUAAUUUGUAACUAAAUAUGGCAUUUGGACGAGGGCCGUCUUCUACGAAACAUCCUGCUCCUGAGAAGAUCAAGCUGGAACUUGACCUGCGUUGUUAUAUGUGCACUGAUUAAAUGGCCUCCUGCUUAAUUAUAAAUUGGAAAUGAUGAAAGAUGUCGAAAAUGUAACACCAGAAUACCUCAUAUUUGUUUUCAUCCAUUUAAAGCUUAUUACACUUUAAAUACAUAUUAAUAUUAAUGAUAUAUGUUGCAAAUAAGUAGGGAAACUAACAAGGUAAAAGCAGAAGAGUCAGUCAACAUAAGCAAACUUUUUAUUUGGGCUUACCCAAUUUGGUAAAUUUCACAACAGCCAAUGAGAGGUGAUAUUUUCAUCAAAUUAACACGUACCUACUGAAUGAGGGCAUAUUCACACUCUUCAAAUGAGUCAUUGCCAAAUUAAUAUUUUUCCUCUUGAAAAAAGGAAAAUAAAAAAGACAACUGAUGUGCCAAUGUA